CAGACCACCAUCUCGUGGCGGAUAUAUGUGCAAGUAUUUCUGACCAGCAGGCCUAGCAACCGACUGAUAAUCGGGAGGGGACUCAAUACAAUGAAACGGUAUUCGUAAAGCACCAUCUCCUUGAACUCCUCCAGCUCUUUUGCGUUCUUUCUUCUUGCGCAUUAACUUACUACUGCCUCAUACCUGAAAAAUGCCUUCUCAACCCCCCAACAUCCUCUUCAUCAUGGCCGAUGACCAUGCAGCCAAAGCCAUCUCAUGCUAUGGCGCUGGUAUCAACAAAACGCCCAAUCUUGACCGCAUUGCAAAUGAGGGCAUGCGAUUUGACCAUUGCUAUGUCACCAACAGCAUCUGCACCCCCUCUCGUGCUGCCAUUCUUUGCGGCACUCACAAUCACGUCAAUGGAGUCCUGACGCUGGACUCGAAGAUCAACAAGAGGCUCCCUAAUGUCGCCAAACAGCUGCGAUCAAGCCCUGCAAGAUAUCAAACAGCCAUGAUCGGCAAAUGGCAUCUUGGUGAAGGUAAUUAUCACGAGCCAACUGGCUUUGACUACUGGAGCAUAGUUCCUGGGCAAGGAGAGUACUGGGAUCCUCAGUUCAUUGAACCUUCGGGUACACCCCGAACUCCCGGUUAUGCAACUGACAUCAUCACUGACAAGUCCAUUGACUGGAUGGAGAAGCGUGAUAAGUCUCGGCCAUUCUUUCUGAUGUGCCACCACAAAGCUCCUCAUCGAUCUUGGGAGUACGACCAUAAGCAUAAAGAUCUGUAUAAGGAUCCCAUUCGGCUCCCAGACACCUUCAGUGAUGAUUACAAGAAUCGCGCCAACGCUGCAAAGGUUGCCAAAAUGAGAGUCGCCGAGGACUUGACCUACACCGAUCUGGGGAUUGUUCAACCUGAAGGACCAAGAAGCCUAGUCGGGGAGAAGAUGCUGGAUAAUGCCACAUCCACUGACCGCAAGAUCCCAGCUCCAGAGGAUGUCACAAAGCUGAGGCUCAUGUGCAAAGAAACAGCAGAGGUAUUCACCUUCAGGACUCCACAGGAGCUGGCUGAAUGGAAGUUCCAACGAUACAUGCAGCGAUAUCUGCGCACCAUUCAGAGCAUUGACGACAAUGUUGGUCGCAUGCUUGAUUGGCUUGAAGAGGAGGGCCUUGAAGAGAACACCAUUGUUGUUUAUACCUCCGACCAGGGCUUCUUCCUUGGUGAACAUGGCUGGUUCGACAAACGAUUCAUGUAUGAGGAGAGCUUCCAAAUGCCCUUUAUGAUCCGAUACCCUCAAGAAAUUAAGCCCCAGUCAGUCUGUAGCGAUAUAAUCUGCAAUGUUGAUUUCGCGCCGACAUUCCUGGACUUUGCAAACGCACGGAUUCCUUCUUACAUGCAAGGCGUGUCGUUCCGUCCUCUUUUGGACGGAAACACACCAAAGGACUGGCAGCAGGUUGCGUAUCACCGGUACUGGAUGCAUCGUGAUAUUAUUCAUGAAGCAUAUGCGCACUAUGGCGUUCGUGAUCAGCGGUACAAGUUGAUUUACUGGUAUAACGAAGGCUUUGAGAUUGAGGGUACACGAGAUGGUGGACAGGAGAAGGAAUGGGAGCUGUUUGAUUGUCAAGAGGAUCCGUUGGAACUAUUCAAUUGUUAUAAUGAACCCAAGUACGUGGACGUGGUUCGGAAAAUGACCAAGAUGCUGGAGGAGAAGAUGGCUGAGAUUGGAGAUGAGCCGGUUCAUUAAGACCUGUGAUUGUGGGGCUUCAAUGGAAUGAUUAUAGGCUUUACAAUGUAGUCAAUUGAACUUAGAAAGAGU